AUGUCUAGAACCUUUGAUCCGGAUAUCAUCUUUCUAAUGGAAUCAAAAAAUCCCGACAACGUGGUCCUCAAGAAACUGGAAAAGCUUCGUUAUGAUCACCAUCACUUGGUCUCCCCAACGGGUCAUGGGGCAGGAGGACUCGUUUUAUUUUGGAAACAAGGAUUAAACCUUCAAAUUCUUGAAUCAAAUGCUCAUGUAAUCGAUACACUCAUUGAAUUUGAAGGGAAAUCCUUUUAUUCUUCGUUUGUUCAUGGUAGCACCGAUAGGCAACAGAGGAAUCAGCUAUGGGAUCAACUGGUCUCUAAAGCGAUUAUGCGAGAAGAACCCUGGUUCAUUACCGGUGACUUCAACGACUUACUAAGCUCGGUGGAAAAAGAAGGCGGACCUGAUCGCUCAGAGGGAUCUUUCACCAAUCUCAGUACCUUCUUCUCGGAGGGGGAUCUGUUUGAUCUCCAACACUCUGGUGACCCACUGUCGUGGAGGGGAGUAAGAGGGAACCACUUGGUCCGGUGUAGACUAGACCGAGCCGCUUCAAACACGCUCUGCACGGAAUGCUUCCCCUCUGCUCGCUGCCAAUAUCUAGAAGCAGACCUCAGCUCGGACCACACACCUCUCUUAGCUUUUUUCGAUAACGGAGCGAGACGACGACGGGGGCUUUUCCGUUAUGACAGACGUCUGUGUAAGAACGAUGAAGUUAGGAAAAUUAUUACUGAUUCUUGGCGCGGGUCUCCGGCACAAUCAGUCAGCGAUAAGAUUUCUUCUACAAGGAGUGCAAUAUCAGCUUGGAACAAAACUCAGCAAAGAAAUAGUCAGAAGAUUAUUGAGCAAACGAAGAAAGAGUUGAACGCAGCACUCGCGAGCCCUGAGAAUGAUACAGUACUGAUCCAGGACAUUGCCACAAAGCUUAAUGCAGCUUAUUCAGCUGAGGAAGAGUACUGGCAGCAACGGAGUCGACUUCUAUGGUUAAAACUCGGGGACCGGAACACGGGAUACUUUCAUGCCAUCACAAAAUCAAGGAAGAGAGCAAAUGCUUUCUCAGUUAUAGAGGAUGAAAGUGGACAGAUGGUGCACAAAGAAGAGGAGAUAGUGCAAGUGAUUGAUGCUUAUUUCGAAAAGUUAUUCACUACCCCUCCGGGCGAACGGGGGGAAACGGUCCGAUUUGCAUUGCGCCCUAUAAUAACUGAUGAGGAGAAUGCUAUACUCACAGAAGUGCCAUCAGCAGCGGAGGUUCGUGAGGUAGCUUUUUCGAUAAACGCUGAGAAGGCUCCCGGACCAGAUGGGUUUUCUGCCGGAUUCUUUCACACACACUGGGAGGAGAUUGGACCAGACAUUGUUCGAGAAGUGUCUGAUUAUCGCCCCAUCGCCCUUUGUAAUGUCUACUACAAGAUCUACUCUAAGCUCAUCACGAAGCGCAUCCAGCCUCUACUGGAAAAGCUUAUCUCCGAGAAUCAGUCGGCUUUUGUGCCGGGGAUAGCGAUUGGCGGCAACGUUCUUAUCACCCAUGAGGUCUUGCACUACCUUAAGACUUCAAAGGCGGAACAGCGAUGUGCAAUGGCCGUCAAAACGGACAUGAGCAAAGCAUACGACCGCCUCAAAUGGGACUUUAUCUCCUUGGUUUUACUUCGGUUGGGAUUCCACCAAACUUUCGUAGACUGCAUCAUGCAAUGUAUCUCUUCGGUUACAUACUCCUUCCUCAUUAACGGCUUGCCUAGAGGGAAGGUAGUACCGAGUAGAGGAAUCCGUCAAGGAGACCCUCUUUCUCCCUACAUAUUUAUAAUGUGUAGUGAGGUCCUCUUGGGAUUAUGUAACCGGGCGCAAGAAGAUGGCUCCCUUCAAGGGCUACGGGUGGCGAGAGCAAGCCCUCGUAUUAACCACCUUCUUUUUGCGGAUGAUACGAUGUUCUUCCUUGAAUCUAGUAAAGGAAACUGCAUGGCACUGCGAGAAAUCUUGCGCAAAUAUGAAGAAGCCUCAUGGCAAUUUAUAAACAAAGAGAAGUCGGCAAUCACCUUUUCCCGAAAGACUCCAGCUGCCUUGAAAGUAAUGGUGAAAGACGAGCUUCUUAUACAGAAGGAGGGGGGCACCGGAAAGUAUCUCGGUGUGCCUGAACAGUUCGGCCGGAGAAAGAGAGACAUGUUUUCAUCUAUAGUCGAUAGAAUCAAACAAAAGGCUCGGGGUUGGACUAACAAAUUUCUGUCCUCUGCGGGGAAGCUGGUUAUGCUCCAAAGUGUUUUAUCUGCUGUUCCAUCCUACUCCAUGUCCUAUUUUGCCUUACCGUUGUCCUUCUGCAAGCGGAUCCAAUCCGCAGUAACCCGUUUCUGGUGGGAUAACAAUGAGAAUGAGAAGAAGAUGGCAUGGGUAUCAUGGACUACUAUGGCCAAACCGAAAGCUCUUGGUGGGUUGGGAGUUUGCGACUUUCAGACUUUCAAUGUGGCACUACUCGCGAAAACAGGUUGGCGACUUUUGCAAAACCCGAACUGCUUGCUUAGCAGGGUUCUUAUGGGAAAAUACAGCCCGAAUGGUGACAUCCUUCAAGCCACAGGAUCCUCAGCUAUGUCACAUGGGUGGAGAAGCGUACUGAGAAGAGACCUGCUGGUGAAGAAUCUAGGAUGGCUUGUGGGAGAUGGAAAAUCAAUCCAAGUCUGGAUGGACCCUUGGCUAAGUACCACUCGCCAAGAACGUCCAAUGGGACCUCCAAACGAACACCUCCUCCAACUCAAGGUCUCUGACUUGAUGAUAGAGAAUUCAGGCGAGUGGGAUUUGCAAAAAGUGCUCCGUUGUAUCCCUGAUUAUGCAGAGCAAAUCCAAUGCCUAAAGCCAAGUCAAACCGGGGCUCCAGAUAAACUGAUAUGGCUAGGUACAAAGAAUGGAGAGUACUCCACUAAAUCCGGUUACUACUCUGAAAUAGAUAGGACUGAGAAUGAAGUACCUGAGCUUUUUGGAAGAGAUUUCAACUGGAAAAAGAAUGUUUGGGACCUAAGCUGUGCACCAAAAAUCAAGACUUUUGUGUGGAAACUCCUCAAGGGAGCGAUGCCAGUAGGGGAAAGACUUGCUGAUCGCCACAUUCCGGUGGACUCAAGAUGUUUCUCUAGCCCCCCUGAAGACACUCUGUCUCUGGCACUAUCGAUGGCUCGCGAAUGGGAGACACAACAGAGCCAAGUCUCUGUCCAGAAACCUCUGCGAAUUCGGCCUUUGAUACAACCACCUUCACAGGCUAUCGUCAUCAGAUCAGACGCAGCUUGGUCGCCACAGGCUACGAUCGCGGGACUAGGAUGGGUUAUCCUCUCCCCCUCUGUUCAUCGUAACUUCCACAAACGAGCAAGCUUUGUAGGCUCCUCUCUAAUGGCAGAAGGACUGGCCAUGCUGGAGGCAGUCAGAUUGAGCGCAGUAGAGGAGAUGAAGACGGUGGUGUUUGAAUCGGAUUCGGCUCAACUGAUCAAGACCUUGAACUCAGGAAACAUCGUUCCAGAGCUGUACGGAGUAGUGGCUGACAUUUUAUCACUAGUUUCUACCUUUGAAUUUGUUUCUUUUUCAUGGAUCCCUCGAGAGAGGAAUAUCCAAGCGGAUGGACUUGCUAUAUUCGCUCUGAAUGUUGUUGGGAACGUGGUGGUUGAUGAAGCAGUUAUGGCUUCCAACUAA